AUGUCCCGCCGCGCCACCGCCCGUGGCCCGCCAGGCGGCGCCUCGGCCGUAUCGGUGUCGGCCCCUCCGCCUCCACCCGGCGACGAUGCGAACCAAAUGUGCCCCGUGUGCAAGGCUCUCCGCUACCUCAACAAGGACAUGGUUCUUAAGAUCAACCCCAAGUGCUACCACCUCAUGUGCGAAAACUGCGUGGUCCGACUGUUCCAGCACGGCCAACAACAGUGCCCGCACCCGGGUUGCACGCAAAAGCUUCGAUUCCAAGAGUUCCGCGCCGCCUUCUUCGGCGACCUGACGGUGGAGCGCGAGGUGGACGUGCGCAAGCGCGUCUUCAAGGUCUUCAACCAGCAGCAGGACGACUUCCAGACGCUGCAGGACUACAACAACUACCUGGACCAGGUCGAGUGCCUCGUCUUUGACCUGCUGAGCCCGGACCGCGCCCGCGCCGAAAAGGCCGCCGAGGACCUGCAAAAGUACGAGGCUGAGCACCGCGCCCAGAUCGAACGCGCCCGCCGCAAGGGCGCCGCCGCCGAGGAGCGCGAGCGGAGGAUGCGCGCCGCCGAGCACGAGGCCGCCGAGCGCAGGCGCAAGGAGGCCCGCGACCGCGACAGGGAGGAGGAGAGGCUGCGUCUGCAGGCCCGCGAGGCCGAUCUCGACUCGCUCGCCCGCGCCCCCGACGGCAUGGCCGAGCGCCUGGUGUCGGAGCGUCUUAACAGGCACAAGGUCAACGAGCUGGCCGCCAGCGAGGCCCGUGACCUCGGCGUCGGUGGCCUGUCCAUCCGCGGUCUCAAGGAGAAAAGGAGGGCUCCCGAGGGUCCUUACGAUCCGUUUGGUGGUCUGGAUGUCGCCCCCGCCAGGUACAAGGUGCAAGAAGAAUACAAGAACGAGUGGCUCGACGGCGCGAGGCGCCAGCCCUACCACACCACCGGUGGCUACUGCAUACAGGAGUACUAUGCACGCUCCAUGUUUGAGGCCUUUGGAGGCCUGGCGGUGUUUAUCGGGGAUGAGAAGGAGACAGGUCUCGUCGGCGAGGCUGCCUCGGCUGGUGCCGUCGCAACACGUCGGCGUCUGGUAUGGCUCAUAUAA